CAAGAAUCCACCAAGGAAACUACCAAAUAGAACUCCAAGCCCAGCAGACCUUCCUCAAUUCCUCUUCAUAUUAAUAUUAUUACACUCCAACCUAGCGCCUAGGUAGUAACGGCCUAUCAAAUUUUAUUAACUCCUUCCUUAUAUCUAUAUCAGAAAGUCGUCAUCUGUGUCUCAUCCCACCUGUCCCGCCACUUCUUGUUACAUAAACACCAAGACUAAGCCAUAACUUGGCAUCGCCGCUCAUCUGCAUACUUGCAUCACGGUCUUACAAGCUCCCCAACAAACAUUCAACCCCCUAAACCUCAAAAUCACACAAUAAAAACAAGCGAAAAUGGCGAACGAGUGGCGUGAAUCUAAGUUGAGAAAUUUACCCCUUCAACCUAAGGCUUCUGCGAGACCUCCGUAUUCUAUCGAGUCGCCCGGUGCCGAAGCCAUCGAUGGAGAGACGAAGCCUCGCCGGCAUCCUCUAACAGCAGACGGACUCAUCACGAAACCAUCCGAUGAUAUCAAUACCAUCUAUGAACUUCUACGUGUGAGCGUAGCUAAAUAUGGCAACGCAAAGGCCAUGGGCUCGCGACGCCUUGUACGCACCCACCAAGAGACUAAGAAGGUGAAGAGGAUAGUGGAUGGCGCCGAACAGGAGAUGGACAAGGCCUGGACCUUCUUCGAACUAGGUCCCUACGAAUACCUCACGUACAAUGACUUCGAGAAGUUGGUCAUGAACCUUGGUUCUGGUCUCAGGAGACUCGGUAUGAACAAGGGAGACAGAGUUCACAUCUUCGCCGCCACGAGCGCCAACUGGCUUGCUACAUCGCAUGCCGCCGCUUCCCAAUCGAUGCCUAUUGUAACCGCCUACGAUACACUUGGCGAGGAAGGUUUGCGACAUUCUAUGGUUGCAACCGGUGCCAAGGCGAUCUUCCUAGACCCCCACCUGUUACCUACCCUCGGCAAUGUCCUCAAGGAUGCUACCGAAGUGCGCUAUGUCAUCUGGAAUAACCAACACCAGGUUAGACCCGAGCAUAUGAACAACUUGAAGAGCAACUACCCCCACAUCACUGUCAAGAGCUUCAAGGAGUUGGAGAGGCUCGGUAGGGAUGAUCCCGUCGAUCCUGUACCUCCUACCCCCGAAGAUCUUUGCUGUAUCAUGUAUACAUCAGGAUCCACCGGUACGCCUAAGGGUGUGCCCUUAAAACACAAGAACCUCAUCGCUGCUGUUGCUGGUGUCAGUGUUGUUGUCCAGCCAUUCGUUGGUCCGGGUGAUGGCCUAUUGACAUAUCUUCCCUUGGCCCACAUUCUUGAGCUUGUCUUCGAGAAUGCAGCUCUUUACUGGGGAUCGACUAUGGGUUACGGAAACCCGAAAACCUUGUCUGAUACCUCGGUCCGCAACUGCGCUGGCGAUAUUCGCGAGUUCAAGCCCUCUAUUCUUGUCGGUGUACCCGCAGUUUGGGAGUCGGUCAAGAAGGGAAUCACUUCUAAGGUUGCUUCCCAAGGGGCAAUUGCGCAGAACCUGUUCUGGGGUUCGUUGGCAUUGAAAGCUAGGCUAUUGGCGACCGGUCUGCCAGGAACUAGCGUACUUGAUUCAGUUGUAUUCAGGAAGAUUAAGGAAGCUACCGGUGGUCGGCUUAAGCUCUGCCUGAAUGGUGGUGGCCCCGUCGCGAAGGACACGCAACGAUUUAUUUCCAUGGCCAUCGCUCCGAUGAUUAUCGGUUACGGCCUCACAGAAACAAACGCCAUGGGUUCCCUCAUGAACCCCCUUGAAUGGUCAUCUGAGACAAUCGGUGCGAUGCCUGCAUGUAUUGAGGUCAAACUCGUCGACUUCCCAGAUGCGGGUUACUAUGCGACCAACAAGCCAAACCCGCAAGGAGAGAUCUGGAUUCGUGGCGAAAGUGUCCUCGAGGAAUACUACCAGAACGAAAAAGAGACCCAGGAGAACAUAGCACCCGGUGGCUGGUUCAAGACAGGAGAUAUUGGCGAAUGGGCCUCUAACGGCCACUUGAAGAUCAUUGACCGAAAGAAGAACCUGGUCAAGACUCUGAACGGCGAGUACAUCGCAUUAGAGAAGCUCGAGGCCAUUUACCGAUCAGCCCAUGUCGUGGCCAACAUCUGCGUAUACGCAGACCAGUCAAAGGCUAAGCCUAUCGCGAUUAUCGUACCCGCGGAACCGGCGCUGAAACAGCUCGCUGCGGAUAACGGGAUACAGGGAGGAAGCAUCGAAGAGCUCGUCCACAAUAAGAAGCUUAACGGUAUUGUAUUACGGGAGUUGCAAAACGCGGGACGAGCUGGUGGCCUGUCCGGCAUCGAAAUCAUCGAGGGUGUUGCCCUGUCGGACGAGGAGUGGACGCCAUACAACAAUCUCGUGACCGCCGCUCAGAAGCUUAACCGAAAGGGAAUUCUCAACAAGUACGAGAAGGAGGUGAAGGCGGCUUACAGCUCCUCGAGCUAGACGUUACAGAACCGUAAUACCUAGGGUAACUUUGUAGAGGGGUUUCGAAACAUGAGGGUAGACCGACACGGCGUGGUGCAGGGCAAGACUGCAACUGAGAGCGAACGGGGCGAGACGGGAUAACGUUGCGUUGCGUUUCCGCUUUCUUCUUUUCUUUCUCACGGGUCGGGGUCCUUUAAUGCGAUGAAUUUAUUGCCUGAGCGCGUCUUUACGUAUGUACGUUUAUACAUCUCUAGAGAGGUUAAGAUUGUAAAGGCUCGCCCCUUUUUUCUAUUAGCUAGCUGAGGCGUGAGCCGGGUCCUGGGAUUAAAUGAGAAUUCGGGUUAUUACUUCG